GACGAUUAUCUGGUUUGAAAUUGCAUGUUGAGAAGGAGGAAAUCCCAGUGUCUCGGCUGGAAACGAGUUCGGGUAUUGGAUGUGCGGGAUCUUGAAUAUGAGGGGUCGUCAUACGAGAGAAAUCUUGUUUGAUGCCAAGGUUAUAUGUGAGCAACAUAUACCGAGGCACCUAAGCAGAUCUGUGGACUUAUACUUGUCACUUGUAUUAAAGUUUGAGACUGUUUGGAGGGAUAUCGAUGCAGCGUCGUAGGGCUGGGGUAUCUAGAUACAAUGAACGAACGGAAAAUACCAAAUGUUUGUAUCACGUGCUGACGCGACGGGAACCUCCGCAGUUUUGAAGACACCGCGCUUUCUGAUCUUGUCUGAAUAGGACGGAGCUGGUCGGGGCAGACAACUAUAUCAUGGAUUGGAGAGGAUGAAAGGCGAAACAUGGGGAGAGAGAUAAUGAUAAUGAUAAGUGGUUCGGUUUAGAAAUGUAUGUUUUAACCGCAGUAUUGAACGAUGUUAUAACCGCGACGAAAAGCCGUACCAAAACUCGAAACGCGUCAAUCUACUUCGAAUUCUAUUUCAUGAAUGAAUUGUUGAUGGAUUAACAUUGUUUCUUUGAAUUCUCAUCAUCAAUUCAUUAAAUCAUUUUCACCAACUUUAAUUUGAGAUCCUCUUUCAUAAGCAAUACAGUUGGAGCCUUUCGGUAUAAACAACAUCAACGAGAUCUUAGAUUGCAUUCCAGCAGGAUCCUAUUAUGGCUCGCGCUUCGCAUAACGAGGAUGAGGUGAGCACAGAAGAUGAGGAGUUUGAGCGGAGACCCGAUAAGGUAAAGGCGCUACUUGCAGAUGAGGUCCCUUCAAUCUCUGACGACGAGGAUGAUAACGAAUCCGAACAGAAACCCUCCAAUGUCGACAAGAAAGGCAAACGCAAAGCUCUCGAGCAAGUGGAAUGGUCGGACGAUGAUGAAGACCAAAACCCUUACGAAAAAUUUAAGAAGAGAAAGUCCGAGAAACGCAAGAAGCUGAAUGCACAAAAGAAACGAAUGAAGGAGCGAGCAAAAGAUGCAAAGCAGGCGAAGGAGAAGGGAGGCUCGUCCAAAGCAAAUGAGAAAGUAUGGGGCGACGAUUCAGAUUACGAGAUGGACGAUGAAAUCCCCGAAUAUUUACAAAUCAGAAGGAAGGAAUUUGAUACGAAUUUAGAAGAAUUGAAGAGCGCUGGCCUCCAGCUUCCCCCUGACUAUUCCGAUAUAUACUUUUCAGAUGAUGAGAGAUUGGCAGAUCUUGAAGAACGACCGGAUUUUCCUAGUACUGUGGAACCAUCAAGACUCUAUGCAGAUAUCAAUAUGGAGUUAUCUAAUGGUGUCAUACCAGCAUCCAUUGCACAGUAUCUUCGAGACUAUCAGGUUGACGGAGUCAAAUUUCUCCAUGAAAAGUUUGUCUACCAGAAAGGAGGUAUUUUAGGGGACGAUAUGGGAUUGGGUAAGACCGUACAAGUGGCUGCUUUCCUGACUGCUGCGUUUGGCAAGACAGGAGACGAGCGAGAUGGAAAGCGUAUGCGAAAAGUGAAGAAUGCCGACGAAACACGAUGGUAUCCUCGAGUACUGAUUGUUUGUCCUGGUUCUCUGAUUCAGAAUUGGAAGAAUGAACUGACGAGAUGGGGAUGGUGGCAUGUUGAGAAAUUUCAUGGAGAUGUGAAGGAGAAAGAAUUCGUACUUCGGAGUGCGCAAUCUGGCCGGGUCGAGAUUGUCAUCACUACAUAUGCAACAUACAAGAAUCAUAAGGAUGCCCUGAAUACUAUUUCUUGGGAUUGUGUUGUGGCUGAUGAAUGUCAUCAACUCAAGGAACGGACAUCUCUUACGACGCAAGCAAUGAAUGAAAUAAAUGCACUGUGUCGUAUUGGACUUACAGGGACUGCUAUUCAGAACAAGUACGAAGAACUUUGGACGCUGCUUAACUGGUGCUCGCCUGGUAAGGUUGGUCCGUUGGCUACUUGGGUUUCGACCAUCUCAGAACCUCUACGGAUCGGACAAAGUCACGACUCCACCAAUCAACAGGUGAAGCGGGCUAGGGAGACUGCGAAGAGGUUGGUUAAUAAUCUUAUGCCCCAUUUUUUUUUACGGAGGAUGAAGACUUUGAUCGCUCAUCAGCUUCCGAGGAAGACGGAUCGAUUGUUACCAUGUCCGCUUACCGAUCUUCAACGAGAAGCAUACGAGAGGUUCCUUGAAAGUGAUGUCGUACAAUUUGUCAGAAAUCAUGGCGAGCCAUGCGAUUGUGGAAAUGGUAAAAAAUUAACGCGUGGCGGCUGUUGUUAUUCUAAGAUACCUGGUACCAACACGAAAUGGCAGGCUAUGGUAUUUCCUAUCAUGACCACACUUCAGAAGUUAUCGAACCACCUGGCUCUUCUCCUGCCUAAUGACGGGGAUCCUAGGGAGAAGCAAGAACGAGAUCUAGAAUUCCUUCAAUUGAUGCUACCCGAUAGAUGGGAGGAACUAUACAAAGCUCGAGAUUCGAUUGCGAAUCUGUCAAACCCCGAGUUUUGUGGAAAGUGGAAAGUGUUGAGGAAGUUAUUGAAACAUUGGCACGAGGAAGGAGAUAAGGUUUUGAUCUUUUCUCAUAGUGUCAAGCUAUUGAGAAUGCUUCAACAUUUGUUCCAAAGUACUAGCUACAAUGUUAGCUUCCUUAGCGGCGAAAUGAAGUAUGAAGAUCGUCAGGAUACGGUAGAUGAUUUCAAUUCUGAUCCCAAUCAGUUCAUCUUCUUGAUCUCAACUAAGGCUGGAGGUGUUGGCUUGAAUAUUACCAGUGCUAAUAAAGUUGUUAUCUUUGAUCCUAAUUGGAACCCAAGUUAUGAUCUGCAAGCCCAAGAUCGAGCCUACAGAAUAGGUCAGCACCGGGAUGUCGAUUCGUUUCGGCUAGUCUCCGCUGGAACCAUAGAAGAAGUUGUAUAUGCCCGCCAAAUAUACAAGCAGCAGCAAGCUAACAUCGGAUACAAUGCUUCAAAGGAGCGUCGUUAUUUUAAGGGUGUACAAAAUGCUGCUAGCCAAAAGGGAGAGAUCUUCGGAUUAGAUAAUCUAUUAUCUUUCCACGCAGAUGAGAUUCUACUUCGAGAUAUCGUCAAUAAAACUAACAUCGCGGAGACGAAAGCAGGAGUCGCCAUGGCCAGUUUUGAUGUGCAAGCAGCACUUGACGAUGAUGAUAACCCUCUUCGCGCAGAUGAUGAUGAUCCCAAUGGCGCCAUGAGUCAACUUGCCGCUCUGAUAACCGAAAAUGAAGACAUCAAGCGCAAAAAGAAACCAACUCCAAAAUCUGAUCCCAUAGCCGCAAUUCUAGCCUCGGCGGGCGUGGAAUACACGCACGAAAACUCAGAAGUAGUCGGCUCGUCAAAAGUAGAAGAAAGAUUAAGUCGUCGAGCAGAGGAAACAGGUGGUGAAAUUGGAUAUGGCGAAGAAUUACUCUUCGGGCCCAUCUCAAGACAAGCGGGAAAUGGAAACAUACGUUAUGAAUUUCAUCCCCCGGAGGAUGUCAUGAAGAGACAGUUCUGUACAAUGGCGAAAACGUUUGGGUUUUCUAGUGCGACAGAAUUCGCUUUUGUGGUGGAAGGAUGGACGCAGAAACAGAGGACGGAUUGUUUGGAGAGAUUCUAUUUGAAGAGGAGAGAGAGGUUGGAGGAGCUAGAUAAGGAGAAGGCGGAGAAGGAGAAUGCCGAGAGAAUGGAAAGGGCGAGAGAGCAGGCAAAGGCUGAGAUGGAGGGAGAGACGGAAAGUGAUAAUGAUGAAUUAUGAUGAUACCCCUAUUUGGAGUUUGAAGUAAGAGGAAUGGCCGUUGAUUCUUUACGGUCUAAGUCUUGACUUAGUGUACUUAAAAUAAUUAGAUUCGUGGGCUUUGAAUCUUUAGUUUCGAUUUGAAUGCCCGAUAACAAUCCCAUAGAACGAAUAAUACACACGCUUCAUGUAACUUAGACUUUCGCACUAAAUCCUAUGAUAUAUAUAUUGUGGCAGCCGGAAUUUUUUAUCUGCUCAAGUUAAAAAUGUGGAUUCUAGGGUCCUACCAUAGAGAUUCGAUAGUAGCUUUCGCUCCGAUACUCUGGCGGUGACAAGUAGAGCUCGGAUGAAGAAAUUAACAGGCUAGCUGUGCAUAUCAUAUAACUAGCCAGAACCUCGCCUCGGCUUAAAUAUUCCUCGGUACCAUACCAUAAUACCCGCACCCAAAACCCCCACUUCGAGAUCAUCUCGGCUACCAAUUAGUAAAUUGCUCUUUACGAUUCUAUCUUCA